GUGUGUACAGCUGUGUGUCCACACACUCUUGCUGGAGCACGGCUUUGCUACAUCAUUGAACGUGGGAGGCAAGAACCACACACACUCAUACUCUCACAGUAUCCAUUCCAUCCCAUCUCACUUUUUCUAUGUCACAUACACACUCAUACACAUAUACUGUACUGCAGCAUGGAGGCUACUUCUUGGUGCUGGUACAAGUUUUACUGAAGCUUUGGACAGUUCAAACUGGGCUGCUGGAUUCCUCUGUUUUUCUCCACUCAGUAUCUCCUUUGAUCUGAGUUCAGCUGUGCUGGGGGACACUGGACACAAACACACACAAAUCUACCCACACACUCUGCGGACAACACUGAAGAGUUCAGUAUCAAAUGAAAGAGAACAGUUCAAGUGACACAACGAGAGGUGAGAGGUGCUGAACACAACCCAUCGAGACUUCUUGCCUGUUCUGAUUGGGGAUGGCUGGGAGAGCACAGCGCAUUAAAAAUACAGGUCCCUGAGCACUUUGGUCUCAGCUAGCACACGCAGACCCUGCCAUAAAUCAAUACCUAACUCUGAUUUCUUUAUCAAGAUAUUUCUCUUCGGCUACAAAUGGAAUGGGUUUCUUUUGCACUUGCUGAACAGAAGCAGCACUCUUGAGGAUUCUAUUUUUGUGGACGUCUGAAGUCCAGUUUACGCUGCAACUCUGAAAACACACUGGGAGACUAAAAAGAGGAAGAAAAAAAGUAUAUAUUUAUAUAUUUGUUUCCUUCACAGUCGAUAAAGCAGAUCUUUCUUUCAAUCACCUGUCUUUAAGGGAUUUCUUUACAUGUAUACUGACACUUCCAUCAAAGAAUUUAGCACUUCAAAAAACAUUCCUAUCAGCGUUGGUCAAAAUCUCAGCUAUUUUUACAGCCCUCUAAACAACAAAUUUAGAUUCUGUUGAAAUAAUUUUAGGACACUCGUUUGAAUAGAUAAGACGAGUGGGAAUAUAAGGGAAGUUUACUGUUAAAAUCUCCACCAUUUCAAAACCUGUCGACAGUCUGUUACUAAUCAAGGUGUUCCAUCAUCAGAAUUGACUUCCAUCUUUUUCAUGCAAAGUGAAGUACAUUAGCAUAUUUAUGGACUAAGAUACAUCCAAUCAUGUAAACUGUGCUACAUGGAUCCUGCAUUCAGUCAUCAAGUUAAGAAACAAAUAGCUUAUGACAUGUGAAGAAAUGGAAUAUGCAAGAGCUCAAUACACUCUCCUAGCACAGCCUCAAAAGAAAUGGAGGAGAGAAUUAAAUGGAGCAUGAGUUAGUGUGGUGACUAUAUUUUCCCCACUUGGAUUUAUGCUUGUAUCUGUGAUUUAUACUUGGAUCUUGUAUUGCAGAGAGAAUCAACAAAAGUAUUCAGUGUGAGAUGAAUUACCAUGCCCCUGCUUUAGCGUAAAUUACAUAUUUUUGAGAGUGGAACUGUUGUAUAGAUCUGUGGAAAAGCCUCAGUUGAUGUUGUCACUUCUAGACACCUCAGAAAAUGGAGAGUCUGGAUGAACUCGAACAUCCCCUGUUGGGUGACAGCCCCAAGAACACAUCUGUAACAGGCACCAGUGAUGGUGGUGGACUGUUCAAAGGCAUAUUGGUGAGAAAUGAAGAGGACAAAAGAUUGGAACCACAGGAGUGGAGGAAUUAUUGCAGUUCUACAGAUUUUCAACAGCAGCAGCUACUGGACCCAUGUUCAUUGCCUAGCACUCUAGAGUCUCUUUACACUCCAACUACUAUUUGGGCCGCAGCUGACUCCCUGGGCAUCCACAGUAAGGAGUAUCUGGAAACCACCUUUGUUGACAUUGGACCCAGUUCACCAUUACAAAGGAAGUUACUAGCAGAGAUGAGAGAUGUCCACAGUGUGUCCUACAGCAUGGAAGAUGGGGAUGACCUUCUGCCAGAUUUUGAGGAAUCCUCCAGUGAUGACUUCAGUGAUACAGACAGUGAGAGCAACUUUCCCAUCAUGAUUCCACAGGAUUACCUUGGUCUUGCAUUCUUCUCUAUGUUGUGCUGUUUCUGGCCUCUGGGUAUUGCUGCAUUCUAUCUUUCCCAAAAGACGAACAAAGCAUCAGCACAAGGAGAUUUCCAGGGUGCCAUCACUGCAUCUCGACAGGCUCUGUGGCUCUCAGUCCUUUCAAUCAUUUUUGGCAUCAUCACUUACAUCUGUGCCGUCGCUGCCCUGAUCUCCUAUUUGUCUGGGAAACCACUUUAAAGUCAAACACAUCAUUAUACAAACGCAUCAUUAUACUAACUAAUUUCUCUGAGCAACACAGAAAUCACCUGGUUCCUAAUCACACAAACUGUCCUCCUUACAUCACACUCGUAUACACCUGUAAUAAGUGCAUUCAUUCAGCCAAAACUGCACCUUUCUUACAUAUUCUGCAAGUUUGUGUUCCUAUUAAAGGGUCUUAGCCUCAUUUAAAACUUUCAGAUAUGUUUGGAACUAAAGGUGGAGAUGCAGCCCAGAAUAGUGUUCAUGAGUUAUUUGAAAAAAAAACAAAAAAAAAAACAGGUCAGGUCACAAUAUAUGGAGACAUAAUGGCAAUUGUCAUGCUGACAUUUUUGCUGAAAUCUCUGAAUUUGGGUAAAAAAAAUAAAAAAAUAAAAUAAAAAAACUGAUGAUGAUGAUGAUUAUAGCACACACAAACGAAAGUGAGACUUGUUUCUCUGCAGUGUCAAGACUCUUCUUGGUGUUUGUGUAUAAGAAGGGAAGGUAGUGACUGAGGCCUAAGGGUUAGUUUGAAGCAGACUUCACAAUAAGAGCAAGAUCAGAUCACAACGGACUUGGCUGCAAAUCAGACACAUGAUUCUGAACAAACCGGGUCAGUUUCUACCACAGCUCUAAGACUGCCUGUUAAAUACCAAAUCAAACUGAAUAUACCACAGUAAGUGACUUUAGAAAUUGAGUUUAAAAAAAAUUACAGUUGUUUUCAAAGAUCAUUAUGUUGGUAAGAUGUAGUGAACUCAAACACAGAAAAAAGCAUGCACAGACAAACAUGUGCAUUAACGUUCAUUUGUUAUGGGGGCUGAGCACACAUACAAACUGCAGCUUUCACUACGAGUCAUGCCAUUAAGAAAAGCCUCUCUUGCAAGACAUAUUCCCAGAUUAAUAAAUGUAAAGUCUCCAUUUUUCCAUCUACUAACAAAAACAUUUUGAGAAAUUAAACCCCUCAUAUGGCUCUUAUUGAAUUCUGUGCGAGUCAUAAUUUAUAUUUACACCGAGCUACUAGCAUAUAACAUGUAUGUUUUGUAUAUGUCUUCGUGCCUGAUGUGAAUGCUCAUGUAAACUAAAAGGCAGUCAUUGACAUGAAUCUGCAUUUGUCUGAUUGGGGACUUGCUCUUGAGGUUUUCCACUUGGGUAAAAGGGUAUUUUGGGAUAUUGGAGGUGGUUCCUUACUACAGCAAUCACAAUUUUUUGCAAGCUUUGUCAUAACAAAUAUGGAGUCAGUGACAUUUCUUCCAGUAAAUGUGCAUGGGCACUGUUCAUUUUGUAACACGCUACCUAUAAAAGUCCCUUAUGCUGUGAGCUUACAGUUUGUCUUGACAACCUCUACCAUAACACAGAAGUUAAAAAUAAAUAAGGCUGCUUUUUGUAGCAGUACACAACUGAGAUAUAAUUGUAAUAUCAGUUUGUCGACCCUUGAUAAUUAAUUUGACUGGCAGUGUUGAUUCAAUGACUAAAAGUAAUGAACCACAGACAACUUAUUACUUCUCUAAAAUUAUCAGAUUAAUUAUUACUUCAUGGAAAAUGUAAUCACAUUGAUUCAAUACUUUGAAGUUACUUUCUAAAACCCUUUUAACAUUUUUCUCAGAAGUUUUUGUUUUUCGAAUUUAAAACAAAUCAUAUUUACAUUUAUUUCAUGUCAAUAUUUAAUUUCUUAUAAAAUAGUAUAAUAUAUAACAUUACUUUAUUACUACUAUUAUAUAAUAACACUAUUACUUUAUGGAAUAAUUAUUUUAUAAGCAAGCAAAGUUGUGUAAUUAAAGUCAGCAAUUGAAAACUGCUUACAAGAAUUUAAAAUGUAAAGGCACUUUUACAUCAAUAUUAUAAUUCGAUUACAACAACUAAUUACGUUAUACCUAUUCAGCUGUUUGGUGAAAAGGACAUAAAUAAUACAUCUAUCUACAUGACAAAAUCAAACAGUAUACACAAACCACAAAUGGAAGGAUUCUCUAAACAGGAUAGAGCAGGUUUUGUGGUAGACCAGUCAUUAUCAAAUACAAGACUUUCUUUGAAAUAGUCCACAUACAAAUGUACAGUAAUGUUACCACAAAACAACAGUAGUUGACAAAGGUUGAAAUGUGUCCUACUGCAAAAGAUUAAAGCCACAAAACAGCAGUCAGCCUAAACUGCCUUGGCAGGUGUCCUCAGAGCUCCCUGCAGUUAAAAAUGGGGUCAUAUCAUAGUAGGCAAUUAUGUUACUUCUACAACAAGCUGCUCCAUGUUACAGAAGAGAGGAGCGAUAGCACAGGCCCCUCCAGUAAAUUAUCAUUGCCUAUGUGGUAUUGGCAUGUUAGAGCAACACCACAAAUGGCUACACUCAUCAAAGUGCUGCAGUUUUCAUGCAGUUAAUUAUCAGUACAGAAACAUGGAGCAGACAAAUCUGAAGAACUGAUGUCUCUUCUUUUCAUUAUUGUUGUUGUGAAAAUGUAUGUACAUUUUGCAGAUUCCAGUUAUGAGCCAAUAAAAACA